GCUGCUCCGCCACCGUCACUGCCGCUCACCUCCAUCUUUUUUUCUUCCUGUGCCAAACGGUCAGAACGUUGAGCAAGGCCGGUCACUCCAAGGAGAGAGGAGAGCAACAGUUGCAGUGGCAAAGACUGGCUGCAUUCCUCUCAAGAGUACAACGCUGUUCAGUUUCCUCUGGCGCACUUGCUGCUGGAUACUCGUAACAGCAUUCUCUCCUCAAGAUGAGGACCCUAGUCGUAGCUAUUAUUCUGCUGGUGGCCAUCUUGGUCCUGGUGCCCGGCAGCGAUGGCUGGGGAAGACGACGUCGGAGAAGACCAGUGAAUUGCGGCACCAACAACUGGACCAGGUGGAGUAGGUGCAACGCCGCAUGCUCACGAGGCACGCAGUACCGCCGACGCUACGUGUACAGGUGGCCGUGCUGCGGCGGCUGGGGAUGCCCGUCCAGGUACACCUGGAGGUACUGCGGCUCCUAUAACGGUGGCUGCCAGCAGCGGUGCACGGGCAGUGGCUACUGCUCAUGUUACACUGGCUACUACAAGUCCGGAUCACGGUGCUAUGAUGUCAACGAAUGCACCAGGAGACCAUGCGACCAUAACUGCCACAACAAUGUUGGAAGCUACACCUGCUCUUGUAACACCGGAUACUACCUGUCGUCACGUACCAAGUGCUAUCGCGUCAGCUGUGGCAACCCACGCAUUCCCAACUGCCCAAGCAGUUCAUACCGCGACAGCUUUGGCAGUGCUUGCCAGAAGAUCACGAUUCCAUCGUGCGGAAAACUGUACCGCGACUACUGCUACCCCCGAUGCUCGAGCAGCUACUACAAGCCAGCCACAUACUCUGGCGGCGGGACGUUCAUGGCCUCCUACUCUCGCACCCGCUUUGAGAGUCUAAGUCGUAUCCAGUGCCAAGCGAACAAGCAGUGGACCGACGCAAGCCUGCUUUCACGUCUUUACUGCCGUCGCGUCAACGAUCCACCGACCAGCCUGCGUAUGUCCAGCUACUCGCUGAAUGAGAACAGUGCAGUGGGCACAACGGUCGGCUACCUCUCCACCAGCGACCCGCAGUCCAGUCAGCGGCACACGUACACCAUGCAGACGGGCACCACCAAUACGGGAUACUACCUGUUCCGCCUGAGCGGCAACAGGGUCAUCAGCCGCUGGGUGCCAAAGCUGAACGUCCCCGGAGGAAUCGUUCACAGCAGCUUCAAGAUCACUGUGCGCGCCACCGACAAUGGCCUGCCAAACAUGUACAAGAACCAGCAAUUCACCGUCAACAUCAUCAAUGUCAACGACCCGCCGCAAGACAUCAAGCUCAGCCCGUGGCAGGUAAAGGAGAGCGUGGCCAUCAAUACUCGCGUUGGCUAUCUGUCUGCGUAUGAUCCCGACGUGCCCACUGACAAGAAUCCAUGCUCACAGUGGAUCUUGAGAGAUUCCGACAACGGCUUCUUCAAGUUGUCCGGAAACCAGGUACUCGUUGCCAAGACGCUCAACCACGAGGCACAAAACUAUCACAGCAUCGUAGUCAUCUGUACUGACAAGCAGCGCGGCUCAGUGUCCACAUCCCAGUCCCUGGUUGUAGAUGUACAGGAUGCUAAGGACCCACCAAUCUCCAUCACCAUGGACAAGACUAAGGUGGAUGAAAACUCCAAGGUGGGCACACUCGUCGGCAUGGUAACGGCCAUCGACGAGGACGAUGAGAAGCUGACCAUCAGCAUGUAUCCAACAUCCAGCAUCUUCUCUCUCUCGUCGACCUCGUGCAAGGACGUGCAGACGGCCACUCACAUCCACCGACAGUCGUGCACCGCACAGGUCAUGGUCAAGUCUGCCAAGCUGAACUGGGAGCUGCAGUCAUGGUACAGCGUGACCCUGUAUGCACGCGACAGCUCUCCAUCCCAUCUGCACAAAGUCUUGGUGGUCAACAUCACUCUGAACAACUUGAACGAGCAGCCCACGGCAAUCACGCUCGGCACACCAUCCAUUCCGGAGAAUUCUCCUGGUGGCUCCUUGGUCAGCGAUUUGGAUGUCAGCGAUCCGGACAAUGAAGUCCAACUUGUCCAGAGGCCAACAUGCGUGUUGGGAGCAGGUGGUGACAAUGCUAAGUUUGAGAUCAACGGCCAGUCACCCAAUUAUGACCUGGCAUUGGCUAAGGACACAGUCCUCGACUACGAGAAGAAGAAGUCCUACUCGAUCACGAUCACGUGCAACGACCAUGGCUUGCCGGAUCUCAGUAUUACCCGUAGCUUCACGAUUGCUGUGACAGACGAGAACGAAGCACCAGAUGGCAUCAGCCUGAGCACGGGCAGUGUUCCCGAGAACGUACCAAUCGGUACCGUUGUUGGCACUCUCUCCACCAGUGACCCCGACACCACUCCACAGACAUUUGUAUAUGCACUCUUGCCAACUGGUGGCAAUGACUUACCAUUCAAGAUCACUGGUAACAAGCUGAUCGUCAACGACAGCAUUGACUACGAGACCGUAGAGGCAUACACACUCUCCAUCUCCGUCGACGACCAGGGCGGCUUGGAAUUCAUCGACCAGAUCGACUUGAAUGUCACCGACGUUCCCGAGGGUCCCACCUCGGUCACUCUUGAUGGCGCUCACGAGCUGCCCGAGAACUCAGGAGAGGGAACCCUCGUUGGCAACAUCAUUGUCACCGACCAGGAUUUCAACCAACUGCCAACAUGUGCUGUUGCCAAGGAUUAUUCCAAUGGGGCAUUGGAAGUGGCUGGAACUGGUGGUGAUGAGCUAGUUGCCGGCAAGAGAAUGGUUGACUUUGAGACACAGGGAGCUACGCCGCUCAAGAUUGACAUCAAGUGCACUGACACGACCGGCUUGUCAAAGACUUCCACAUUCUCCAUCAAGAUCACUGAUGUGAACGAAGCUCCAACCAACAUCACACUGUCGGCCAACACUAUUCCCGAGGGCGUGGCACCGUACACCGUGGGCCAGCUGACCGUGAUCGAUCCGGACGCGGCGCAGACACACAACUGCAGCAUUCAGGACAACGACGGCGCGGCAGCGGCCGGCCAGAUACCGGAGAGUCAGAUCUUCAAGGUGACCAAGUCGCUGCAGCUGCAGGUGAUCAAGCCGCUCGACUACGAGAACGGCCUGCACACCUACAGCGUUCACGUCCUCUGCUCCGAUAUCCCCAUCAACCCCAAUCAGACUAGUUACGUCAUCGAGGAAGAUCUCACCGUGCAAGUAGUCAAUGUGAACGAGCCGCCGCAGAGUCCAUGUGUCGGCACGCACUGGACCAUCUCCGAGAUGGCGCAGAACGGUGCUUCUGUGACUGGACCUCUCGCUGCCAACGACACAGAGGAUUAUCAGGUGCUGAGCUUUUCCCUGAAGAAUGCUGGAAGUGUUCCAUUCUACAUUAACUCGUCCAAUGACGCAAUCUUCACCACAGGAAACCUGGACUUUGAGAAGACCAAGUACUACGAUCUUCAGAUCACUGUAACCGACGAUGGCUCGCUUACUCAAGUUGCCGGUUCAGCUGCGACCAAGUCCACACCGGCAAGUGCCACUUUCACGUGCCGCGUCAAUGUCCUGGAUGCAAACGACCCUCACUCCAGUCUGGACAUCUUCUCAACACCGAUGAACCCCUGUGUCGAUGAGCAUAUGCCCGGUGGCACUCUGAUCGCCACUUUCUCCACUUCGGAUGUUGAUGCAAAUGCCAACUUUACCUACAAGGUGGCCCCCGCCUAUGGACCUUUUGAGAUGAUGGGUAACAAGCUUGUCGCUAAGAGCGGUGUAGAGGACCAGGUUGACUGGGAGAGCGGCACGACUUCUCUUGUCCUGACCAUCACCAGCACGGAUAACCAUGGCUACAGUGUCGAUCGACCUAUCACCGUCUGCAUCAGGAAUGUGAACGAGAAUGCGACCAAGAUGUGCCUGGUGGGCAACACGAUCAAGGAGAAUAUCCCUGGUGUGGCCACCAUUGGCCAAAUCGUCGUUCAGGAUCCCGAUCUGCCAAUCAGGACCUGUGGCCCACCACCUGCGCCGCACAACGAGCUGCCAAACAACUACACAUGCAUCAUUGAUGAUGGCACGACUACUGGCGUCUACUCCGACUACUUCUCGAUCAGUCCCACGCUAGAGCUGGAGCAGACCAAGGCAUUGGACUACGAGGCGGGUGCUACGUACCACAUCCCGGUGCUAUGCCGAGACAUCCUGGCACCGUUCAACGUCAUCUCCACGCGCUUCACCGUCAACAUUCUAGAUGUGAACGAGGCUCCGGAGAACAUCGCCCCUCUGUCCAGUGGACAGAACAUGCCGUACAAUGCCACCAAGACGCAGAUCACUGUGUCCGUGCCCGAGCGGCAGUCCGGAAUCACUCUCCUGACACUGACGUGCGACGACCCCGACUAUCCAGGAGCCUCGCCGCAUGUGAAGUACACCGCUAGUGGAAACGGUGUGCCAUCGCUCAUGGAGAUGCAGAACAACCAGCUGGUGCUCUUGAAGGCGUUCGACUUUGAGACACAGAAGCAGUACGUCCUCAACGUUCAAGUGACUGAUGACGGAAGGCCACCACCAGCUCUGACCACUUCCAUCAAGGUUGUCAUCAACGUAGCUGGUGAGUGUUCCCAAGUGACACACACUUGCACGUCCAACUCCAUGAGAGAGAGAGAGAGAGAGAGAGAGAGAGAGAGAGAGAGAGAGAGAGAGAGAGAGAGAGAGAGAGUAGCUUACUGAACAAUCAUGAGCAAA